AGGAAGUGGUCACAGCAGAACAGUCUAGUACAGACUUCUCUGAGAAAGCUGAAGGUGAAGAUACUGAAGAGGGGUACCAACCACUACGUUUCCUUCCGGGGGUGUUGCGUAGUUGGGGCGGAGAGCUUCUGCCCCUGCCGGACUUCUCAGGUAACCCUCCACUGCUGGGUGAUGACGGUCGAGAGCCUCCGGGUCCACAGGCCUCCAAGGCUGACGGAGGAGCAGCCACCACUCCAGGAAGCUCCACCACCAUUAAGAGUCCCACCGCUGGUGCUCACAGACAGACUGGUUUUGUCAUUAAGAAGAGGGAACCCAAACUGGUCAAAGCAGAGGAGCCUGUGUCUUCCAGCCUGGCUGAAAUGCCUACCGCUAACAACAACGCGUUAGCGAAAGAAGAGGAGUGUGUGGCUUACCGUGGCCCGUCAGUCUCUCUGAAAGACAAACCUCCAGACGUCUCGACGGAGUCGUUCCUGGCCAGCCUCUCCACAGAUCCCAACAGUGACGUCUUGCCAAACAAAGGAGAUUUGGCGUUGUGCGAAAAGGACAAAUCCAAAGAAGAGAUGCCCACUCUCUUGUGUCCUACAGCCACAUCCAACACUUCUGUCGAGGAAAUUGUCACCACACCGAAACCCCUUCUAAGUGGAAUCCUGAAGAAAAGCUCUGCGUAUUCCAAUAUGACUGAAGAACCAACUGCUGUCCAAUCAGCAGGAUCACAGGAUCACCCCCAACCAGUACCUGUUCUAACCACCAGGAAGUAUCGUCCUAUGGCAGCUCAACACGGAUACCCUUCCCACCACUACAGACACCCCCCACCUCCAGACCAUGGCCCACUACAGGCUGGUCCCUAUGGUCCCAUCCCCCCCCAGACUGGAGGACCUCCUGUAGACUUCCAGUACCAGCCACCACCACCUAUCCCCCCCUUCGGUAACACCGCACCGCCACCUUUCCAGCACCCGCCCCAGCUACCCACCAACUUCAGCUACCCUACUGGCCCCCCACCACCUAUGAUGUACCCACCACCUCAGAUGCAGAAUCACGCUGGAAUCACACAGUGGGCUCAACCUGGUCCCGGUCCCGGUCCCACGUCUCCCAACUCUUUUCCUGGGGGGCUACCGUUAGCUUACGGUGGUGACCCUCAGAGGUUUGCCUCCGCUGAGUCGUCCAAUCCCAACCUGAACCUGCCCCCAUCCGCCGCUGCCAAAGAGGACCAGAAGGGGGCAGCAGAGAGGCUUCUGUACAGCGACCCCUGGGACAGGCAGCCCGGGUCGGGCCACAAGAAGGAGGACCGGGACCAGUACCGUCACCGGAACCACAGUGAGUCCCGUCACGGAGAGAAGAGCCGGAACCACAGCCGGGAGAGGGGAAAGAAACGGGAUAGAAGCCGGAGCAGAGAGAGAGACCGGAGUAAAGACUCUUCUUCUCACCACAGAGGGAGCCGGCACCACUCUAAAGACGAGCGCCACGGUGACAGGAGGAAAGAACGGCACCAUAGCGACGGUGACCACGGGAACCAUCACAAACACAGCAGGAGAGACUCCGAUUAUGAGAAAUCCAGGAGAAGUUCCAAAGACAGUCACUGAUGAGUUUUUCUGUACUACCCCUACCCACCCUGAGACCGUCUACCCCACAACAGUUUUAGUGCCACUGUCCCUUUUAUAUAUGUUCUUUUUAACACAGUCCUAUUUACAAUACAGUAGAGGUCAAAACUUUCAGUAGGAUUAUUAACACACAUUCAGAAAUCUGCUUUCUUAAAAACCAACCGAUAAGGCUUUGAGGUGAAAUUUCAAGUUUUGAAAAUCUCCCGUUUUUUAAGUGUUAAUUUUAUUGUAUAUUUCUGUAUUCUGCGCGUCACAUCGUGACUUGGUGCACUGAGCAUUAUGUGCUCUGAUAUGGAUCACAAGUGGUUAAAGGGAUAGUUCAAUGAUUUUAGAAAUGUUUCCAUACCUUUUAAAGCAGUCUAUGGACAAGGAGGCAGCAAUGAUUUGGACAUGAAAUGUAACACAUGAAACAGGGGAGAUUUACUUAGACAGGGAAAUGAUCCCCAAAUGCUAAUAGUGUGGAUUGUAGGCACUCCCCUUGUCCAUAGACGGCUUUCAGGGUAAGGAAACAAAUCUUAAUAUGUCAAAUCGCUGAACUAUUACUUGAAUGUUUUCUAUAGCAUGAAACACAAUAACAGGCAUCCCAGAUGGACUGUUGGAGUAGAGAUGGAGGGAAAGCUCUGGCGACUUCAGCAGUUUGACAUGAAUGUAAUACAGCGGGGAGAGAGAACUAACUAACCAUUUGAGUAGCAGAAAACAAAAACAAAAAAACAUUUGAAUUAAAGCAGCUUCUCUUGUU